AUGCCCGAAGAGGCCAAUGGGGCUACAGAGGGCAUCGUGGGUCUGGACGAGCCCAAGAAGAUGACCCGAGAGGACUGGAGGAAGAAGAAGGAGCUUGAAGAGCAGAGGAAACUGGGAAAUGCUCCUGCUGAGGUCGACGAGGAGGGAAAGGAUAUCAACCCUCACAUCCCGCAGUACAUUUCAUCAGUGCCAUGGUACAUCGAUCCAUCUAAAAGACCAACACUGAAACAUCAGAGGCCGCAGGAUGAGAAAGAAGAACAGUUCUCUAAUAUUGGAGAGUGGUACAAGAGAGGCGUGCAAGAGAAAAAUAUCAUUACCAAAUUCCGCAAAGGAGCCUGUGAAAACUGCGGAGCGAUUACACACAAGAAGAAAGACUGUAUGGAGCGGCCAAGAAGAGUUGGUGCAAAGUUUACAGGUUCAGGCAUUGCUCCUGAUGAACACAGUCAACUCAAUCUGGACUUGGACUACGAUGGAAAACGUGAUCGCUGGAAUGGUUAUAACCCUGAAGAGCACCAGCGCAUUGUGGAGGAAUAUGCCAAAGUGGAUUUGGCCAAAAGGACACUUAAAGCCCAUAAGCUCCAAGAUGAGCUGGCAUCAGGAAAACUUGAACAAAAUGAGUAUGAGCAUGACAGUGAAGGGGAGGAUGAAGACAAGUAUGCGGAUGACAUCGAUAUGCCUGGACAAAACUUUGACUCAAAACGCAGAAUUACUGUGAGAAAUCUGCGUAUCAGAGAAGACACUGCAAAGUACUUGAGGAAUCUGGAUCCAAACUCUGCCUACUACGAUCCCAAGACUCGUUCUAUGAGAGAAAACCCUUAUUCCAACACAGGCAUGAACCCUGAUGAGGUGGACUUUGCAGGUGAUAACUUUGCCCGCUGCAAUGGGGACACAGUGACCAUGGCUCAAACGCAGAUGUUUGCUUGGGAGGCCUACGAGCGAGGUUCAGAAGUCCAUCUUCAGGCUGACCCCACAAAGCUGGAGAUGCUUCAUAAAUCUUUCAAAGUUAAAAAGGAGGCUUUCAAAGAGCAGCAAAGGGAGAGCAUUCUAGAGAAGUACGGCGGCGAGGAGCACUUGGACGCCCCUCCCAGGGAACUACUUUUAGCCCAGACCGAGGAUUACGUGGAGUAUUCCCGUCACGGUGCGGUGCUUAAGGGGCAGGAGAAGGCCGUGGCUCGCUCCAAGUACGAGGAGGACGUCGUGAUCAACAACCAUACUUGCAUUUGGGGCUCGUACUGGAGGGAUGGUUUCUGGGGAUACAAGUGCUGCCACUCUAUGGUCAAACACAGCUACUGCACCGGAGAUGCUGGAAUUACAGUGAACUCGGAUUGCACUCCGUUUGAAGAAGAUCUCACCGAGCUGCAGGAAGAAGAACAACCAAAGACUCUGUUAGAAAUGCAUCGAGACAAGAUGGAGAAAGAUAAGAAGAAGAAAAAGAAGAAGAACAAGAAGCAUGCCUCCGACGACAGCGACUCGGACGACGAAGAAAAGAAAAAGGAGAAACUGAAAAAGGCGCUUGAGGCAGAGGACAAACGAGUCAAGCACGUGGACGCCAUCAUGCUGCUGGACGAGCGGAAGAGGCCGUUUUCCAGUCUUCAGGAGGUCAAGGCGCCCACGGAGGAGGAGAUCGAGGCCUUCAGAAUGAAACGCUGCCGUCCUGACGAUCCGAUGGCAUCUUUCCUCGGACAGUGA